AUGGUUCUGUUCUUCCGAGGCUCUCGCAGCAGCCGGGCGGCGCUCACGAGCGUGUCUCGCCUCGUAAGUAAAUGCGGCCACGACCGGUCUACUGUUACUCGUUGCAUGAGCACACAAGUGGCCCGUGCCAUUCUACUGCCCUAUGACGCGGCUACGGCUUCUACGACUGCCAAGUCGUCGCUAGAGCUGCAACGUCUGCAGCUCAACGUGGCCACCGUGACGCAGCUGCAGACUCAGAUUCAGAGCCUUGGAAAUGGUCCUAGCAGCCAGCGUGACGCCUUCUACGUCGUCGACACGGCUGCUGUCGAGGACCGCUACAAGCUUUGGAACGAGUAUCUGCCCAAUGUGCGGCCCUACUACGCCGUUAAAUGCAAUCCUGAUCCGGUGCUUAUUGAAGGCCUCGCUCGCCUUGGAGCAGGCUUCGACUGUGCCAGUCAGACGGAGAUUAGCUCCGUGCUUGGCAACGGUGUUGCACCAAGCGAUAUCAUUUACGCCAAUCCGUGCAAACAAGGCUCACAGAUCGCCUAUGCUCAGGAUAAUGGAGUUGAUAUGAUGACGUUCGACUCGCAAGACGAGCUUACCAAGAUCCAUACCAUCAGCCCCAAUGCGAAUCUUGUGUUGCGACUGUACGUCGAUGACUCCAACUCCAUUUGCCGACUUGGUACUAAGUUUGGAGCAAUGGUGCAUGAUGUCCCUGACAUUUUGAAUUACGCCAAAGCUUUGAACCUUAACGUCAUUGGAGUCAGCUUCCACGUCGGUAGUGGCUGUUUCAACGUCGAGGCUUAUUCGAACGCUGUAGCACGCGCCCGCAACGUCUUUGAUAUUGGUCACUCGCUAGGCUUCAAUUUCAAGCUGCUGGACAUUGGCGGUGGCUUUCCUGGAACGGAGAACGCCCCAAUUCGUUUCGAGGAUUGCGCCCGCGAGCUCAAGAAGUCAUUGGCUAUGCACUUCCCGCAAAAUAGCGGUGUGCGGAUUAUUUCAGAACCCGGUCGCUUCUUUGCGGCAGUCACCCACACACUUGCUGUCAACAUUGUUGGACGCAAGGUGGCACCCGCUUUUGAAGUCCCUGGUCAGGUGCCUGUACUUGCCUCUGCUGCAGCUGCUGCCGGGCAAGUACCUAACUAUAUGUAUUUUGUGAACGACGGUCUGUACGCCUCGUUUAACUGCAUGGUUUACGACCACCCGUCGAUUCAGCCUGUGAUCAUGUCGGACGCCGCCUCGGCAGACGCCACACCGAUGUUUAAGGCUAGUAUCUGGGGCCCAACCUGCGACGGCAUGGACUGCAUCAUGAAGGAAGUGGAGUUGCCGCUGUUGAACACAGGACAGUGGAUUGUGUUCCCAAACAUGGGUGCCUACACGUGCGCUGCGGGCUCGGACUUCAACGGCUUUCAGCGCCCUCAGAAAAUAUACUUCGACUCGAAGUUCGUGGCAGAUGAUCAGCAGCAGUUUGUGCACUAG